AUGUCACCUCCAACGUUCAAUCCAACACCAACAGCUAUCAUGAGAGCCUUUUCGAAACGCGUUGCAAUUAUCGCGAUGGCAGUACUUGCCACGGCUGAAACCCAAGCCAACGCGGUCUACUGUCCAACAGUGACGUCGACUGGCACCAUCUGUCCCACAUUCGUCCAAAUGGCAUGCCUUGCCUUGUCUACUAUCUCCAGCCGUUGCGGAUGUCCAUCGACAGUUCCAACAAAAUCGAUUGACUAUCCCUGCGGCGAAAAGGGACCGGCUGGUUGCAUGGGAACUUCGUAUAUAUACGAGACCGCGACCCCCAACUGUGGGGGUGCCACUUUCACCACCAAGACUAUUCCGACAAUUGCGCCAACUCCUACUGACAUCGGCCUCGGGGCAUGUCCAACGGUCUAUUCAACCGCAACGAUAUGCCCCAACUGUAUACGGCCUAUGUGUGUGCAGUUGUCGAGAAUCUCUCAACUAUGCCAUUGUCCAACUCCAGUGCCCACCGUCGCCGUAAGCUUCGAAUGUCCUGAUUGCCCCAAGGGCUGCGGCACCUACUACGAGUACGCAACUGCCACGCCGGAGUGUGCCCCGACUGCUUAA